UGAUCAUCGACAUAACCAAACCAUCUUUAGACAUAAAGCAUACUGAUUGUCAUUGUAGACCGUUCGAAUCAUGAUUGUCAUUGUAGUAGAAGAUCUCAUUGUGUGAAGAAUAUGCGGGCGACUGUCGCCGCUCGUGCGGGCGGCAGUGCGGUCAUCGAUAUGCUUCUCGAUGACCCCAUCGGAAGCAUUCACGACCUCACAGCACAUCAGGCAGCUCCUCCUGCUCCUCUAGCCGGUGGAAAAAUUCGAUUCGGUGGUGCUAGCGACUGUCAAGCAUGGAACAAUCGAGGAGGGCUACCAGCCGUCGGCGGCACUCGCGCACGGCCAAUGACUGCUGGUGGACACGCAGCUUCUGCUAGUACGCUCUACAACAACAACAACUAUGAUCAGACAGGAGCUCCGGGACACCCAUUUUUGUUUGAAGGCGGUGCAGGCAAUGAGAGGCAGAAAACGAGGCCAGCAUCCUCGUCACCAGUAAAGAAGAGACCAGGAACGGCAGGAACACGUACGCUUCUAACUCUCCUGGCGUCACAUUAAAUUUACUAGUACUGUACUGAACUGUUGUUGCCCCUCUUAUAGUGAAGUACACCAUGACAACUUUAUGAACUAUAGGGAUUUAGUCUUCGAUAUUCACUAGUACUACGCACGACGAAGUUCUUGCUUUAUGUUCAACGAAAAUCAACUGCAACUAAAAGUAAUGCAUUCCUGCAUUACCAUCGAUCCCUCUACCUUUUGCCAGGCUAUCAGACUCCACUUCGCGCCGGACCGACGACUGGCGCAGGCAUGCUGUAUGCGAAAUGUCGUGGACACCCGAAGAAAGUUAGGCCGACGCCUUUUAACAACUUCAUUGUUUUUGUAGUAGACGUCGAAGAUGCGGAACGAAUGCAACAGGCCAAGACAGUGCAAGAAAUGUCAGAGGAUAUCUUAGACGCUCUGGGUCUGAAAUUACCACAUGGCAAGGAAUUGCAGGCGAUAUAUGCAGGGUAAUGAUAUAAUAUUUUGCUAUAGAAGAUCUUGUAGUCCGUCGAUAGCCUUUGCUUUUUCUAAAUUUUCCUUUUCUUUCCUAGUUAGACCACAGAUAUAGAAGAUCUUCUAGUUAGAUUAUGAUAGUUUUGCACAAAUGUACUUUCUAUCGGAAGCUGCAACAUCGUACUUUUUUUCAGAUACGACGGCCCCGAACGGAUCAGUAUCAGGAGCGACGGCGAACUCGCAGAAUACUACUCGAGGUUUGCUUAUGAAAGAAAAAAGUGCACUCACACUCAAAAAAAGUGGCUAUGUUCCUACUUAAAUCCUAGCCAAUUUCUUGAGUGUGAGUGCCCUUUUUCGUUUCAUAUUGCUGGUAGUGAGGGCGCUGGGGAGACGGGUUAUGACGCUAGGAGAGAUCCCCAGAUGCAAGACAUCCUGAAAGAGUUGGAGAAAAUGCGACUAGGUGGGAUUUUAACGAAGAUGCAGAUGACGAAAUAUCUGCGGAUUCUAGGCGACAAUCGCAUGCUCUAUUUGAAGACUGAGAAGGAGUUGAAGUCUGCGAAUCACCAACUAGACGCGCUUCGAGCGGGUAUGCCAGCGCAGAUCGAACGCAGUGUGAAGAGAGCAGUGGAUAAGCGGGAAGCGGAACUGCGGAAGUCAUGGCAUAAAGCUUUUUGUGACAUUCAUUGAAGAGAUUCCAGAUCUUGCAUCUUCUACGACAAUUGAAUCUCCCUGGUCUUUCAUUCCAGAGCGUUUCAGUACUUAAGAAUAUCUGUUGCUGUUCUACAUUUUCCAUUCCACGACCCCACUUUCAUCACCCGAAUUCGAAGAGGACAAGGCGGCAAUGCUCAAGCGGGCCAGGGAUGAGACGGAGAAAAUGAUAAAACCGCUCAAAGACACAGCUGAAAAAGCGCAGGCAGCCAUGCAUAAGCUUCAGGAAGAGUGCCAAGCGUAUAGGACCAAGAUGUCGGAAGCCGAAACAAAGAUUGAAACGAUGACAGGUAAUGGCUUCACUUUUGGAUCGAUUGAGCUAGUCACUUCUCGAAAGUGAAAAAGAAGUAAGAUUGCUUUUGUUGAGUUAGAUAGAAGAAUAUACCAGUGGUCGUUCUUAUAAUUAACAAGAGGGAACUAGUACUAGAUUUCACACACACGAAAUAGCCUGUCGUCCACAAUCAACAGUUACAAUCCGAAGUGCUGAAGAGAGGCAAGCUAAGAUGUCGGAAGAACUCAAGAUCGCAACACAACAAGUGAAAGAAGACGCAGCCACAAAAGCGACAUUGGAACAGAGACUUUAUGGAAAAAUAGUGACUGUGUGAGUGUGACUGGAGACUGUGAGAUUCUGGAAUAGAGACUUUCUGGAAUACUGACAGAGAAUGGCAUAGUCAGAGUUAGGGGUCCAGUACUCCUACACCUUGAUUCGGUAUGUGUUCGUGCAAUGGGAAGACAUGCUCAUGUUGUCCUAUUAUUUCGUGUUUUUCUCCCAUCUUCCUUUCCCCUUUGAUCUCCCAAAAGAUGCCCUAGAGGUUAUUUCGUUACUUAAAUUCCCCUUUCAUCUCCGAAAAGACGCUUUAGAGGUGAUCGAUUCGAACGGCCUCGAGCGACCAGCAAGUUCUUCUGUCAGCGGGUCUUCAGCGGAAGAGGGUGGCUCAAGCAAGAACCGCAUAGUCUGGAACAUCCCGAAGAUACAGCAUAAGCUCUCAUGGCCACGGGAGCGAUCUAUCUGCAGUACCGAGAAACAAUUAGGCUCGAUCAGUAGCGUUGUUGUGGAGUUUUACCCGAGCGGAGUGGAGGCGAGUUAUCCAGGGUAUUCAUCCUUUGUUGUGGACUAGCUACGUGAAUGGAACUUACUUGCUCUCUCUAGCUCGUAGCAUCUUCACCUUUCAUCUGCUACUGACUAUUCAUGGUAUUCAUCGUUUGUUGUGGACUACGUGAAUGGAACUAGCUCUUCCACACAGAUCGUAGCAUAACCAGGUAUUGCGCCCUGCGUCUCCAUGUCCCUGACAGAACAAGGGUCGAUUGGGGCGUUCUCUUCGGUAAGGGAAGAAAUGCUCAUGAUUGUGGUAAGAGAGCAGACGACUUCGCAAAGCAUCUAUGGUGGUGUCGAAACGGUAUCCUGUGGCCCAACCUCUGCCGAAUAGAAGACCUCAAAAGGAAUGUGGAUAGGGUACCAGGAUUUUGCUUAGAUUGGUGUUGCGAAACACAUGUAGUUUUUGUAUUCACAAUUUCAAGUUUGUUUUGUUGAAAUACUAGAGGACCCCAUUUAUCUAUUAAAAUAAGCUGCAUACGUACUGUCACUCCUCAUCACGCUCUUAUCCAUUUCAGGAAAGCGACUCCGUUCAGCUGACUUUUGAGGCUUUUUCCGCUUCUCAGUUGCCCGAAGCGCCAGCAGCGCCAGCAAGCAAGAUCAAGGACCGACCGCGCACUGCGGGAGGCAACUUUGGGUCUCGCGGAGCCCUGCUGAUGGAACAGGGCGAAAUCAAGAAUGAGCAGAAGCGACCACAAAAGGUCUAUGAGAAGGGCCUCGUCUCCAUCUACUACGAUGCAACGCUAUUGAAGAACCACUGGCUCCAGGAACUCGUCGCAGGAUGGCUCACACAACGACCACAGGCGUUUGUGAAGUGAAUGAUGUUAAUAGCGAUGCUUUAACAUCAUUGGAAAGAGUACUACCUAGUUUCGCGGUUUGUGGUAAACACAUCCAUAGAUCAUUUAGAUCAUACCAUGAAGAAGCAAUAUCGAUCGCACAACUAAGUUAGUAUCUUGAAUUACAUUUGUUUGAUCUUAUUAACAUCAUAGAAUUGGACAUACCAUAUGCCUGUAACAAAUCAGGUCUGGUGCUGACAUAGCAUAUUCUAUUCUUUUUUUGGAACAUGUUCGUGUACCAUAAAAAAAUGUAAAUACUCCAUGUUGAUUUUCACAAACCAUGUAAACUUUUUUUGUCUAUAUUUCGUUGUAGUAUCCACCUUUGCAACGAAACUUGUUCAGGUUAUUUUAGAGCUUUUGUAAACGUUUAGAGAUGUAAAGUGUGUUGUAACUACUGAAGAGAAUAUAACUAAAUCACUCUAGAGUAAACAAAUAUGAAAUCGAUACUUGAAGACGUAAUUCCGUAAGACUUUGUGUCAUUGAGACGAACGUGAAUGUUCAUCAAAAUUCAUCGUGUACUACUAAGUACUAAAAUUGUCGGAGAACGAUCAACGAUAAGAAACUGAGACAUCAUUUUUUGACCAAAGAAUCAGGGCUGUCUCCUGGAAAAACUUUCUAAGUACCAU